AAAUUAUAGAUUUUUCGUAACGUCAGGUUAUGACUGUAUUAUUUGUAACGAUAAUUUUUUUGGCUAUCUUGUUAACUCAAUUAUUAGUUUGUUUUCUAUUUGAUUCUCUUAUUUUAAUAGAAGUAAAUAGAAUAUCAAGACGUCAACCGAUUCGUGGAACUUCAUGAAAUAUGACGUGAUGACUGACAGACAAGCUUUUUGUGCUUGUCUUGCUUGUCAAUUUUUAGGUUAUGUUGACUUCUAGUCGUUAUGCUGACGGUUUUAUUCUAAUAUUGUGAAAAUUUGAUAGAAACUAAAAUGAAGCUAAUUUUUACAAUAGUUUUUGCAUUUUUAUGCACCUAUGAAGUUUUUGGUUCUUCUUUGGAGGUGGUGAAUGAUAAUGAGUUAGUGAAUCUCAUGAUGUCUGAACAGUAUGUUAUUGUUUUAUUUGUGAAGAAAGACUGCAAGGAAUCGGAGAAAUUUGAGACUGAAGUUUUGAAAAUCAGAGAAGAUCUAGUAGAUUCCCUAGGCGCCUGGGUUGUGAAAGUAGUUGACAGUUACCUGUUGAGAUUGUACACUCCAUCUAAGGAGCCUGCAUUGGUCUUUUUCAGACAUGGAAUUCCUCUGCUCUAUGAUGGUGAGCUGAAUGAUGAUCUGAUUCUGGAAACAUUCAUAUACAACAAAGAGCCGGCUGUGAAAGAGCUUACCGAUGAUAAUUUCGAGCACUUGACACAAGCUGCAUCCGGGGCCACCACUGGAGACUGGUUUGUCAUGUUUCACUCGACGAAUUGCGUGGAAUGCAAGCGGCUGCAGGCCAGAUGGGAGACAGUGGGAGCCAAGCUGAAGACCAGGAUGAACGUGGCUGUGGUGAAUCGUGAAACAACUGGUCGUGUCACGUCACGAAGAUUCGCAAUCGUUGAUACUCCCACUUUUGUCCUGUUCCGUGCCCAAAAGAUGUAUCGUUACAACAUUCCAAAAUAUGAUAUUGCGUCAUUUGUUAGUUUUGCCACUGAGUGGUAGAAUGCACGAGCCGAAGUUGUUCCAGCUCCCAAGGCCCCAUUCGACGACUUGGUACAGGCAGUCGUGGAUUACAUGCUUGAAAACCCAAUGAUCUGGAAGAUCGCUUCAAUGGUCAUUUCAAUGAUUGUUCUCUUCCUUGUCAGACAAAAGCUGAAAGCUGUUGAAAAGAAAGCCGAAAAGAAAACGAAAAAAUCGACAAAAGAAAAGUCAAAGUCGAAGUGAUGCAUGUCUUACAACUUGCUGUUAACCGUUAUUUGUGUGAAUGUGGUCUGUUUGUUACAAAUAAAAAGAGGAUGUUUGAAAUAAUAAUUGUUCCUUGCUUGUUUUCUUGAGAAUCGUGAUUUUUCUUGUAAUUUAAAACAGAUUGUCUAUUUUAUAAUAAAUUAAAUUUACUUACAA